GAUUUCGGAGGCAAAAUCCGGGAUAUUUUCAGUUCAGAAGCGUAAAUACCUCCAAAACAGUACUGGAGGAAGUGCUCACAGUGCUAAGCUGCAGCCAUAGACGAAGACUAUCAUGAAGGCCAGAGCUUGUAUAAGAAAGGAGUACAGCGUCCUCUUCCUCUGUCUGGCUGUGGUCGUUUUAAUCCUUGUUCUACGCAACAUGGAGACCUCCAGCCAGUUUCAGCAUGAGGUGAACUCCACCAUCAUGGCCCCGAGAGUUUCCACUGACCCUGACGUGCAUCAGGGCUUCUGCACCUUCCAGCCACUGUCCCCUGAGGACGCUCUGGAGGAACGCCUCCUACUGGACUCCAUUGCUUGGCCUGAAACUCCACUAUUGCCAACUCCUCUUAUCCUGGAGCAGACCAGUGACCCAGCUCACAGCACCUUCACCAUUCUCCCAGGGAGGGGGAGGAGACAGUGGCACGUAGGGGGGGAUCAGCUGGAGGUUAGGAUCAAUAUGUCUGAUUUCCAGGGCCGUCCCAAGAAGUCUGGGGGAGACUUGUUACUCGCCCGGCUGCACAACCAGACGCUUGGUGCGGGUGUGGCUGGACAGGUGGUGGAUCAUCUGAAUGGCAGCUACUCUGCUGUAUUCUCUUUACUCUGGGAAGGAGACGCGCAGGUUGAGGUGAUGCUGGCUCACCCUAGUGAGGCUAUCACAGUACUGAAGAGGCUGAACAGUGAAGAACCUGACAGGAUUGGCUUCAAGAGCCUCUUCCGCUCAGGCUCAAUCUCUGAAACUACCAGCUGUAAUGUCUGCCUACGUCCAACCCAGCAGCCGCUGUGCAACCACACUGACCUCCGUACAGGCGAGCCUUGGUUCUGUUACAAGCCGAAGAACCUGAGCUGUGAUGCCAGGAUCGACCACUCAUUGGGAUACAACACACAAAACCUCAGGCCCAACGAGGACAAACUCUUUCAAAGUGGUGUCAACUUGAAAGUGUACAUACAGGCUUCAGGACCUGCCAGUGUCACAGUAUCGCCAAAAAAGGAAGGUCAACCAGAGGUGGAGAGCAGCACUGUCAAGGUUGGACCCUCUGGCUAUUACUACCAGGGUGUUUGGCAAGCACUAGGUGGCACCACAGUUCGCCAAUUCAACGCAGCUGCUAUCAGUCAGUGUCUGAAAGGCAAGGUGGUCCACAUGCAUGGGGACUCCACCGUCAGGCAGUUUUUUGAAUUCCUCGAUGCGACACUACCAGGUCUUAGGGUGUUUGACCUGCACGGUGUGGCGAACACUGGACCUUUCAUAGCCUUGGACUAUGCAAACAACAUCUUGAUGAAAUUCCGCUUCCACGCUCCUCCUAUCCAUAGUGUGCAUAGUAUCUCAACCCGCGAGUUUCGUUACAUUGCCAAUGAAAUUGAUGAAAUAAUCGGAGGCACCAACAUUGUUGUAGUUUUUGACAUCUGGGCUCACUUUGGCACUUACCCGAUGCAGAUCUACAUCCAGCGGCUGCAGAGCAUCCACAGGGCGGUGGUGCGGCUGCUGGACAGGGCUCCAGGCACGCUGGUCGUCAUCCGGACCGGGGCCCCCAGAGAGUUGACACUUUAUUAUGGGCUAAUUAACAGCGACUGGCAGUCGCUGCAGUGUUAUAAGGUGCUCAGAACCAUGUUCAAAGGACUCAACGUUCAUCUGAUCGAUGCCUGGGAGAUGGUCCUUGCCCACCACCUGCCGCACAAUAUCCAUCCACCACCUCCCAUUAUUGAGAAUAUGAUUAACGUUCUCUUGUCCUACACGUGUCCUCAAAUGGGCGGCUAGAUGUGUGUGUGUGUGUUGGGGAGAGAAGUGGAGAUUCAAGCACACGCUGAGUUUACAUCUUAUCUUUUGUUGCAAUUUUCUUUAUUUUGUAUCUACAAAACCUGGGAAAUAUAAGUAAAAUCCAACUGGAAUAAUCAUAUGACGUGAGGAGUAUUUUUCUUUAAAGUAUGUAUAUAAAAUGGUUGUUUGAAGUUGAACUUAAUGUGAAGUGUACUUACUUUUAAUUACACAAUUACAGUGUUUUUUGUAAUGUAACCGUCGGCUGCAGUAGUUUUAGGGGCAGGCUUACAGAAAUAAUGUGUAGUUUGAGUUGGCUUUGGUUUCAUAUCUACUUUAGUGAUUUAGUUCAGUGAGUUAGUUCAUUUUAUGUUUGCACAGGGAAUGACUGACAAGCAACUGUGUUGUUUCUAGGUGACUCGCAACACAGACAAUGUAAAUUUAUGUCCAAAAUGUUACUUAUCCUCGCGAUUUUUAAGUGGGUAUAUGGAAAUUCUUGACCUUUCCUCAUGGGUAAAAGGUAGAGAUGUUCCGAUACUGCCUAAAACGCUGGUAUCGGUAAGUACUGGAGUUUAUGCACCAAUCCGAUACCACGUAAUAAAGCCCUAAAGGAAAGAAAUCUACAUUAAAAAGUUGUUUAUUUGUUCUUUUUCCAUUAUGACUGUCAAACUAGAUAAUAAAAGA